UAUGUUCUCAAACACACACACACACUUUUACAUGGAUUCUCUCCCAUUAAAUAUACCUUUUUGCCCAUCUACUCAGACACACUAGAGAGAGAUAAGAGAAGAGAGAGUCACUCUGAAGUGAGACUAGAGACUCUGCAAACCACAAAAAUGUCCACUAAAGAAGAAACUCAAGCUUCACUUCCCACCCAAAGGUUGUUGGGGAAAGUGGCAUUGGUCACAGGUGGAGCCACCGGUAUUGGAGAGAACAUUGUUCGUCUAUUUCACAAACACGGUGCAAAAGUUUGUUUGGUUGAUAUCCAAGACAACCUCGGCCAACAAGUUUGUGAAAAGCUCGGGGGUGAUCCCAACGUGUGUUAUUUUCACUGUGAUGUUACCAAAGAAGAUGAUGUUAGCCGGGCUGUUGAUUUCGCCGUUGAAAAGUUUGGAACUCUUGACAUCAUGAUCAACAAUGCUGGCAUCUCAGGCUCACCCUGCAAGGACAUACGCAAUGCUGACUUAGCAGAGUUUGACAAGGUGUUCGAUAUUAAUGUAAAGGGAGUUUUUCUAGGAAUGAAACACGCCUCUCGGGUAAUGAUCCCUAAAAAGAAAGGCAGCAUAGUUUCUUUGUGUAGUGUAGCCAGUGCACUCGGGGGAAUCGGUCCUCAUCCUUAUACAAGCUCUAAGUAUGCUGUUUUGGGGCUAACAAAGAAUGUUGCAGCUGAGUUGGGACUUCAUGGCAUACGAGUCAACUGUGUUUCGCCUUAUGCCACUCCAACAAACUUGGCUUUGGGUCAUUUGCCCGAGGAAGAGAGAACCGAGGAUGCGUGGACAGGGUUUCGUGAGUUUGUUGGACGAAAUGCGAAUCUACAGGGCGUGGAAUUGACAGCUGAGGAUGUGGCAAACUCUGUGCUUUUCUUGGCAAGUGAUGAAGCAAAGUACAUAAGUGGUGAUAAUCUCAUGGUUGAUGGGGGAUUCACUAGUGUUACUCACUCAUUAAGAGUCUUUAGAUGAAGAAAAACAUUCAUAUUGUUUCAAGUUAUCAUAUGAAUUUUUACAGUUCAAUUUAAUUGGAUUGGAUUACCUUCUUAGAUUUGAAUCAAGUUAUGUUUUAAUGUU